AUGUUUGACAGCUCACAGUACCCUUAUAACUGCUUCAAUGAUGACGCCGACGACUACCCUGCCGGCAGCUCCGACGAGGAAAAAAGGCUCACAAGGCCAGCGUACAGCUACAUCGCACUGAUCGCCAUGGCCAUCCAGCAGAGCCCUGCGGGACGCGUGACCCUGUCCGGCAUCUACGACUUCAUCAUGCGCAAGUUCCCCUAUUACCGCGCCAACCAGCGCGCCUGGCAGAACUCCAUCCGCCACAACCUGUCGCUCAACAGUUGCUUCGUUAAGGUUCCACGGACCGAGGGCCACGACAAGGGCAAAGGCAACUACUGGACGUUCGCGGGCGGUUGCGAGUCCCUCCUGGACCUUUUCGAGAAUGGCAACUUCCGUCGGCGACGCAGGAGACGUGGCCCCAAGCGCGAGGGAACCCAGGGUCCCCUCGAGCCAGCAGCGCCUGGGUCCCCGGGCCCCGAUAAUGCGCAAGCCCCAGAUCGCGGGGCCCGGGUCAGCCCUGCCACACACAGAGACAUCAAAUUCAGCAUUGACUACAUCCUGUCUUCCCCGGACCCUUUCCCUGCGCUCAGGUCACCCUGUCACUCCCAGGAAGUCAGGUAUCCAGCUCUGGAUACCCAGCAAAUGAGCUUCCAUUUUUGGGCAGCAUGA